AUGGCAAAGAUAGAAUAAAUAGAGGAAAUUUAUUUUCUUUUUCCAGUUAGUUAACACAAACCAUACAACGAAGAACACAUUAAACAUGAAGACAGCAUUUGUAGUGUUCAUCGUUUCGAUGACUUUCGUUUGUGCGGAAAAGUUGAAAUAUUCAACAAAAUCUGUUGAUAUAAUUGAGAAUGCUAAACGUCAAUGUGCAAAUGAGGAAAACGUAGAUGUUCAAUUAAUAACUCUGCUUGAUGAUAUCAAAGAUUUACCAAAACGUGAAAAUCUCAAAUGCUUAUCGUUUUGCAUUGCAAAGAAACUAAAUUUAUUGGAUUCUCAAAGUCUAGUAAACUAUGAUAAGUUGAUUCAGUUGUUUGAUCCAGAUCUUAUUGCAAAAGUGUCCUCUUCUUACACUGCAUGUAAUUUUAAAGAAAAUCAGAUGAAAUCUUGCGAGAAUGGAUACGAUAUGCAUAACUGCCUUCUCACCAAUCUUUGAUUUUUUUUUCUUAUACAGCAUAAAAAUGAUUAAAUGAUUCAUAUUUUCUAUUGUACUUUAUU